AUGCCUAUCCCCACACAUUUCACCUUGAACACAGGCGCGCAGAUACCGGCUGUAGGCUUCGGCACAUGGCAAGCGAAGCCAGGAGAAGUUGAACGCGCUGUCGAGACGGCGCUCAAAGCAGGCUACCGCCACAUUGAUUGCGCUGCCAUCUAUCGCAAUGAAGCCGAAGUAGGUGACGGCAUAAGGAGGAGUGGUGUUCCUCGCUCUGAAAUCUUCCUUACUGGCAAGCUUUGGAACACCAAACAUGCGCCAGAAGAUGUAGAAGCUGCUCUCGACAAGUCGCUUCAAGAUCUAGGCGUCGAGUAUCUAGAUCUGUUCCUGAUGCAUUGGCCAGUUGCAUUCAAUGGUGCCACAGGCAAGUGGUUCCCACUACGCGAGAGUGGUGUGUUUGACCUCGUCGACAUUGAUCCUGCAAUUACAUACAAAGCCAUGGAGAAGCUACUUGACACCGGCAAGGUUCGCGCCAUUGGCGUAUCUAACUUCACUAUUCAACGCCUCAACGACCUUCUAUCAAAGACUGAUGUUGUACCGGCGGUAAAUCAGAUCGAAGCACAUCCAUACCUCCAGCAGCCUGCUCUCUUCGAUGUUUGCAAGAGCAAAGGUAUCUUGAUUGAAGCCUAUUCGCCUCUUGGAAACAACCAAACAGGGGAGCCGCGGACUGUCGACGACGAACUAGUGGGCGUCUUAGGUCACAGAUUAGGUAUGGACGGCGGCCAGCUGCUUGCGAGCUGGGGUAUUCAGCGGGGCACUGUGGUCCUGCCCAAGAGUGUCACGCCGAGCAGAAUCAAGAGUAAUAUGCAGGUCAAGGAACUACCGAAGGAUGCUUUCGAUGAGCUGAGCGGUCUGGAGAGACACAAGCGGUUCAACGUACAGUCGCGAUGGGGUUUCGACAUUUUCGAAGAACUAGGCCAGGAGCAGGUGCGGAAAAUUGCGGAAGACUGCGCUCAGGAGAAUAAGACGAAAUUUACAGUUUAG